AUGGUUCGCCAAUUGUUUUCCACCAGCCCACCAACGUUAUCACCUUUAAGAUGGAAUCGUAAUGAAAUUGAGAGGAAUCGAAUAUGUUCUUCAUUCCCUCGCACCAGAGAUAUCGCCAUCUACAUCUCAGGAGCCUUGUUUGCCAUAGGGUGGUGGGCAUUCGUAGACGCCAUAGUAUACACGACAAUCAACAAAACCACACCAUUUGAUAAUAUCACCGUUUUGGAUUGGAUUUCUGGAAUCAUAACAACCAUUGGAAUGUUAAUUGUCGGCUCGAUUGAUAAAACCAUUUUCUCAGAUGAAAUUUACACCUAUUCGGUCUCAAAGAAAACAUUCUGGAAAGUCAGAUUGAUGUUAUUCUUAGGGUCUACAUUGUUGGCGGGAGGACUACUCUGUUCGUUGACCGUGUUUACCAUCAAAUAUAUACUGACAGAUGCAAGGAUGGAACUAUUUUAUUUCGGAGUUGCUGUGGUGGUUCAGAAUGUUUGCGUUUUUAUGAGUUCGAUCGUUCUACUGAUCGGUCAAAGGGCAACCAAGGAUACCGAAUAUAGUCUUCUUUCAUAA